UGCACUUUGGUGGCUGCCCCCAUCGCCCACCGUAUGGGGACUCAAGGCCCGGACUAAUAAUUAUUGCGCGUAACCCCGCUUCACAAUACAUAGCCUCAAAAACAAAGUGAGGGUUGAAGUUAUAACCAGAAACCAACUCCCAACCACUCCGAGAAUCUUCUUAAACUGCUAGCUAUAGUACAAGCGAGAUGUCUCUAGAACUUCUACCAACAGAACUCCAGUGUUACAUCAUUCGCUUGCUCGACCCCAUCAGCUUCAUAUCGAUCAGUCAGGUCAAUACCCACUUUCGACGUCUCAUCAACCCAAAGCAGAAGCAUUUUGCAGAGCGUCUUUUGGCGCUUGAGUUAGUGCCUGAGUAUGGCGGCCCUUAUCUCUUUUUCCGGUCCAGGGAUACCAGCCUGAGACCAGACUGGACCGACCCAGCUUGGGAGAAGAUGCGAUGGGCCUGCACUAACUGUCUGCGUCUUCUCUCUCACAAGCACUUUAACAACCAUUCUAUUCUCAGAUUGCGAUACAGGAAGCCUCUUCCCGGAUCUCCCGCCGCUAGAAUGGUCACUACGUGGGAGCAAACAAGGCACAUACCGCAUCGAAACACAAAUACAGAACAAGCCGAGCUUGAUGCCAAAGACUCCCUUUGGGAAGCGCAAAAGCAGCGUUUUAGAUACUUUAUCUGCGUUACCUCAGGCAAAGGACAUUUGAGCGGCGGUUUUCCAAUCAACAAUCUGGAUCUACUCCAAUAUUAUGGCAUGGAGGGUUUCAAAGGCAUAAACCACGACCAGUUUGACAAAAUGACACAACAAGAUCGGAUAAACUUGAUCGAUCAGAAUGCCCUAGCUGUGGAGGGUGAGAAUUGUGGGAAGAAGCGAUGGCUUCGAAAGUGCAACGAGUGCCGGUUCCAACAAGACGAAAUAUGGCAGCUAUUCGACGAGACCGGAGGCACUCGGCGGCUACCCAUUGUCCCAAGCCGCCAAGUCGUAUUUGGAUCACGCGUCGAUCGAUAUUUUCCAGGGUUUUCAGAAUAUCUGAAUCACAAGAGACCACUCUUUAAUGCGCCUCUUGGUCUCUUCCACAGAAAGGGUGCUCGUGAACAGCAUUGGUCGAUGUGGAUGGUUCGAUGUCCUGGAUGCACGCGCUGGCAAGAGCUGCGAGAGUUUCGGUUUGGUGGGACCCAUCACCAUUGGAAGCCCGCGAGAAGGGGGCCCAAUCGCGAAGGGGACAUAACGUGGGACGAAAAGGAAAUCACAGAGCCCUUGCUCAACACAUACCAAUGUAACUCCUGCUUCGCCAAAACUCAUGGCCGACAGGAGCUAGGAAAGGUACUUGGCGACUGGCUCUUAUGCCUCAUCGGGUAUGAACUCCGCAACUUAUCGUGGCAGCUCUCAAGUGGUUUACACGACUUACAAACACUUACUGGGCAACACUUACCCUGGAAGUACUCUAAUGAGUGGAGCCGCAGUAUGCAGAAUACUCCUUGUCUUCAGCAGGACUUCAACUAUAUCCUCAAAUACAACGAUACCACGUUGCUUAAGUUUCGUCGCGAGAAAUGUAGGUAUAUCUGGGAGCGUAUCCAGAUUAAGGAUGAUAAGCGGGUACCAGAAGAUAUAGAUGCAUUAUAUGAUGAUUUGGGGCGUAUAUUUGAUGAAUGUGAGGAGCACUGGAAAUGGCUCCAGGGGUGUAAGAGGGAGAUUGAGGAGCAGCCUGAACCACUGGUCGAAUGGGCCUUGAGUAGAGAUGGAGCUUUGUUUACCUGAUCUAGACUAACUCACCGCCACCCCACACACCCGUGAUAGUAUCACAACUGAAUCCAUAGAUGACUUCAAUUAAUUCUACAAUAAUGAG